ACGAAAACUCGACGUGGAAUUGUCAGACAGUGAAACCAAACGAGACCAUAGCAGAAAAAGAACAGACGGGAUAAUACAGAUAAACAUCCAGGUUUAAAAUUGUAGAUACUCUCAAGAUGGUAGACAUAAAGAUCGUUUCGACUGUGUUAAAGUUUGCUCAAAUUUGCCCACUGGUAAUAGGAAUGGGCUUUAUGGCUCAUUUUACCAAGGAGUUCCACGAUUUCACAACUCAACUAUACGCAAGUAUCGACUCUUCUUUAGAUCCUUACGAUAAUGGCAGUUUUGGAAGAUACGAAUUUUACUUGUUCAGUGUUGGCGUUGGGAUUGGAAUUGCCGUUCUUGGUUUGAUUUGCGCUCUCCGUGGAUUGAUGGAGAAAAAAUACGGCGCACUUUCUAUGACCGCACUGCAGGCGCUCUGGGCAUUCCACUUACUGGUAGCAACAUCUCUUCUGGCUAAAAGCUUGUCUACAUACGAGAAAAAGGCGUAUGAGGGAGGAACAAUGUCGCUAUGCAAAAUGUGGGAUCAAUCAGAAGGUUACAAGGAUUACGACUUCAACUGUAGUCAAAUAUAUGGCGCAGUGGUGUGUGGUUUCAUUGCAAUGGCAUUGUUCGCCAUGGACACGGUCAUGUCUAUGGUUGCCUUUAACCGGGCUCAAUUGUAACCUUUAAAAACCACUUUUUCAAUAAAUUUAAAUGCAUGCUCUUUAAUGAAAUAGCUCAAUGUAUACGGCAUAGAUUAGUUUGCAUCUGGUGUAUUUGUUUGCACUGUCUAUCGUGGAUAGGUAUGUAUUCUACAAAAUAUGGUGAAGUUAUUGCACAGCUUAGCCGGGCAGGAUUGUUUAGGAACAUUAAAUUACAAACGAAUAGUGAUUUUAAGUUCAAUAAAAUAGAGAGAAA